AUGCCUUAUCUUGUAUCUUUUAUACAACUUUUGUAUACACUUUCUCUUCUUUUCAAAAUUCCACCUUUCUUUCGUUCUUUCUUUCUUUCUUUCUUUCUUUCUUUCUUUCUUUCUUGUUCAUUUAAUUAUUUGUUUGUUAUUCUAUCUUAUUUUCCAUCCUUUCCUUUAUGUCUGUUUCUUUUUUUCCCACUCUUCCUUCUUUCUUUUAUGUGUUUCUUUUAUUUGUUUUUUUUUUAUUUACUUGUUUCUUUUAUCCUGUCUUUCUUUCCAUCGUUUCCUUUUUGUAAGUUUCUUUUUGUCUCGAUUUAUUUCCACCCCUUUUUGAUUGCUUGUUUGUUCGUUUCGUUUCGUUUCGUUUCGUUUCUUUUCUUUCUUUCUUUCUUUCUUUCUUUCUUUCUUUCUUUCUUUCUUUGUGCUCCUUUUUGUUUCUUCUCAUUAUCAUAUUCUUCAUUUUUCAUCCUAUAUUGUCUCAUCCUGGCCAACAUUUUACUCCAAUUUCGCUCGUUGCAUUUUUUCUGUCUUUGGAGUUCUUUCCUUUUUUUCUUUUCUUCAUAUCACUCCUUUUUUUGCAUGUUCUUUCUUUCUUUCUUUCUUUCUUUCUUUCUUUCUUAUUAUUCAACAGUUUCUGUUCUGUUCCAUUUUGUUCUUUCUUUUUUCCCACAACAGUCUGUUCUAUUCUACUCUUUCUUUCUUUCUUUCUUUCUUUCUUUCUUUCUUUCUUUCUUUCUUUCUUUCUUUCUAAACCCUCUCCCUUUCUUGCUUUCUUCCUUGCUUGCUUGCCUUCUUUCUUUCAAUUCAUGUUGUUGUCUUUAUGAAAAUUUUCUUUCUUUCUUUCUUUCUUUCUUUCUUUCUUUCUUUCUUUCUUUCUUUCUUUCUUUCUCAACACCUUCCCUCUCUUUCAUCAUUAUGCUUUGUAUCGAUACUUAUGACAUUUCGUCAGUCCCAUUUUUCCCUCUUUGUAAUUCUUUCUUUCUCUCCAUUCCUCGUUUUGUAUAUUCAGCUUUUCACUUUCCGUUUCCGUUCUUUUUUGAUCAUUACCAUCACUUUCUUUCCCUAAUCUAUUCCAUCUUUCUUUCUUUCUUUCUUUCUUUCUUUCUUUCUUUCUUUCUUUCUCCAGUUCCAUCUUUCUUUCUUUCUUUCUUUCUUUCUUUCUUUCUUUCUUUCUUUCUUUCUUUCUUUCGCCAGUUCCAUCUUUCUUUCCUUCUUUCUUGCUUGCUUGCUUGUUUUAUUCUUUUCUUUCUUUCUUCAUUUUUCUUGAUUGUUUUCUUCUUUUCUUUUAUUCCUUCCUUCCUUCCUUCCUUGACUGAUUGCUUGCUUUCGUCUUUUCCUUUUUUUCUUUUUUCUUUCCUUCUUUCUUUUUCUCACCUUUUCUUUUCCUCUUCUUUAUUUCUUUCAUUCUUGCUUGCUAACUUUCUUCAUUUCUUCUAUCUUUGUUUCUUUUAA